GUAAUCUAUCUAGGGCAAGAAGAAGACAAAUUCCAGGGCUUUUCAAGGUCCAUUACAUCGUCCCAUCUCCAUCUCCAGAACUUCGGCCUUCGUUUCCGUUUCGUUCCUUCUUGCGCUCCUCCAUCCAUAACGAUGAUGAACAUCCCAAACAGUCGAUCCAUUCACUCUUCUUGACUCAGUUCACCUCUCUCUCUCUCUCUCUCUCUCUCUCUCUCUCUCUCUCUCAGGCAAGUUUGUUGCCGAAAAUGACCGAGCCAUCCAAAGUGAUUCACGUCCGCAACGUUGGGCAUGAAAUUUCAGAGGAUCACUUUUCCAUAACACAAGUUGUCAGAGCCAUACUUCUUCAUCUACACUCCUGUUUUAUGAAUGAUCUGCUUCAACUAUUUCAGCCAUUUGGAGUCAUUACGAAGCUUGUAAUGCUCCGUGCAAAGAAUCAGGCUCUUCUCCAAAUGCAGGAUAUACCUUCUGCAAUUAAUGCCUUGCAGUUCUAUACAAAUGUUCAGCCAAGUAUUAGGGGUAGGAAUGUAUACGUCCAAUUCUCAUCACAUCAAGAGCUUACCACAGUGGAUCAGAAUGCUCAAGGGAGAGGAGAUGAGCCCAAUCGGAUUCUACUGGUUACCAUUCACCACAUGCUGUAUCCUAUAACAGUAGAGGUGCUGCAUCAAGUGUUUUCUCCUUAUGGAUUUGUGGAGAAGAUUGUGACUUUUCAAAAAUCAGCCGGUUUUCAAGCUCUUAUUCAGUACCAAUCACGCCAGAGUGCAAUUUCAGCAAGAACUUCUCUUCAGGGACGUAAUAUCUAUGAUGGUUGCUGCCAGCUGGACAUUCAGUUUUCAAACCUUGAUGAGCUACAAGUGAACUACAAUAAUGAGCGAUCAAGGGAUUUUACAAACCCAAGUUUGCCUUCUGAACAGAAAGGUAGAUCAUCACAGCCUGGGUAUGGGGAUGCUGGAAGCGUGUAUGCCCUCCAAGCUGGUGGAGCACGGGCAGUUGCAUUUCCUCAGAUGGCUAAUGCUGCUGCAAUAGCAGCUGCCUUCGGAGGAGGUUUGCCUCCUGGAAUAAGUGGAACUAAUGACAGGUGUACCGUUCUCGUCUCUAAUUUGAAUCCUGAUAAAAUAGAUGAGGAUAAGCUUUUCAACUUGUUCUCUCUAUAUGGAAACAUCGUGAGGAUCAAGCUUCUGCGGAAUAAACCAGAUCAUGCACUUGUUGAGAUGGGUGAUGGAUUUCAGGCUGAGUUGGCUGUACACUUUUUGAAGGGAGCUGCGGUUUUUGGGAAGCGGCUGGAGGUCAACUUCUCCAAGCAUCCAAGCAUAACUCAAGGCGCUGACACGCAUGACUACAUGAACUCAAAUCUUAACCGCUUCAACCGUAAUGCUGCAAAGAACUACCGCUACUGUUGCUCACCAACCAAGAUGAUCCAUCUCUCUAGUCUCCCUCAGGAAGUGACAGAGGAGGAGAUAGCGAAACAUCUGGAGGAACAUGGCUCCAUUGUAAACACAAAGGUUUUCGAGGUGAACGGCAAGAAGCAGGCCCUGGUUCUCUUUGAGAACGAGGAACAGGCCACCGAAGCCUUAGUGUGUAGGCACGCCAGCUCUCUGGCUGGGUCGGUAAUCCGGAUUUCGUUCUCCCAGUUGCAGGAGAUGUAGGUCGCUGUAUGGUCGGGGGCAUGGCAUGGAAAAACUUCUUUUGCUCAAAUGGUGGGAGUUAGGACCCGUUUGUUUUUUUAUUUAUGUGGGUGGCCGUCUUCUAAGUCUCGACUUUUGAUGUAGAUUUUAAUUGCUUCAUAAUCGACGAUGCCCUCUACUUUUCUCUA